GCUGUUCCAAAAUUUCACUACGGAACGCAUUAUUAAUAGAAGUUUUCCGCGAUUUCUCGAGUUUUGUUUAAAGAGAACGUUCCAUUUUACUUCGAUCAAAACGACAAAAAACAAAACAUGCAGACGCCUUGUUGCCAAAUGUGUUGGUCACGGUUCCACGAUAUUUGACAGAUAGAUUCCCCCUGGCUUUAUCGCAGCCAACCUCGCAGCGGUUCUACGAUGUGUGGGCUCCACUGACGCUGACAGACAGCAUAACAUAGCGUAUCAAAAGUGGCGGUGAUCUCGUGUACACAUUGAGAUGUUAGCCCUUGUAACAUGUCAGCUAGCUGGUCCGUAUGCAUAAACGAAUAUCGAUACAAAUAUCGCGGUUUUCAGUAUCGAUACGGUCGAGUAUCGGACGCUUGUGUAUCGAUCCAAAAAAUCGAAAUAUCGUCUCAAAAGUAUCGAUAUUUCCGAUACCGAUACAAUAUCGCCCAUUGCUAGCUAGUUCAUUACGUUCAUUAGGACGGCCUGGUACAUACGUAAACAACGCAAACUUUAUUUGUAAAAAAUCUUAAAAAAAGGCUCACAUUCUACUCUGUUUUAUGCAGUAAACGUUCUUAGCAAACCAUAUAAGCGAAAUGUCACAAGACAUCAGCGAUUUUGAGGGGGAGGACACUAGUGCUUACAGUGAUACCGUCAAAGCUCUUUCUUCCGGACUGCUGCAAAUCUAUGAACCCACACUGAACGAAGUGAAGGCUGAUUUGUCGGAACUACUAAAUAAACAGGAAGAGGUGCAAAAAGCGCUGGAAAAAGAAAAACAGGUUUAUUCUACCCAAGAUGUGCAGCAAAUCAACGAAAUGGUCAUCAAAAUAAAAUACUACAGGGAGAAGGCAAUUCGAAUCAAAACUCAGAUGCACCAGGUUCAUCAACGGACGAAAAGUUUACGAGGUAAGGCCUUGGACAUGCAAGAACUAAAAGUCAACCAGUGUGCAUCUAAACUGCAGCAGCUGCACUAUGAGGAGUCUCUGGUCGCAAACAACAAACGAACUCCGAACAAAAAGUCGUAGUGCUAGAGAAAUAGUUUCUUUAGCUCUGAUUUAAUUUAUUCCAAACUUGUUAUGGCUAGCAGAGCCAACCUUGAAACGACUUCGGUAUAAUCUCAACGUAUGCUCGUAUCAAAUGACUGAAUUUCAUGAUUAUUCUUGGAAGGCCGGAAUUUAGCCAAAUUUGAAUGAUGAUGGACAGAAAGGAACAAUUCCUUUAGCAUUUGGUCGAAGACUAUUCGGGAUUUGGCCGUUAGUAGAGAACCAUUAACACGGAUUGGAAAAUCCCUAAAAAAAUUCUCAAAUACUAUAAUUUAAUUGGUUGUCGAGUCUCUAAGUUGAAUCGUUCAACAAUUAUAAAUGCAUUUUAGUUUAUUUUUAUUAUUAGAAUUUUACACAAUCUGAUAAAAUAUAAAUAAUCUGAUCAUAUCACAAAACAUUAUCAAACAGAGAUCAUCUCUAUUAAGGAAUUUAUAUAGCUCACUCGGAUAAAAUGGAAUUGUGGAAUUGGAAGAUUUUUUCCCUCGGUAUUUUUUUUAAAUAGUCAUUAUCGAUUUACAUACUAUGCAAAAUAAAAAACUCAUCUAUUUUAUUGUAUUGAAUAAUUUAGUUUUCUAUUUAAUGCUAAUAAAUUUUAGAAUUAUACAACAAAA